CCAUUUUUCUGCAAGUUUGGAAAUUUCUGUCGAAGUUUUGUGGGUCUGUUAAAAGAUCUGAGCUUUGAAAAUGGGGAGCUCAAUGGAGGAGAAAGUGGUGGCUGUGAUCAUGGUCGGUGGUCCAACCAAAGGUACUCGAUUUCGGCCAUUGUCUCUGAAUAUUCCAAAGCCUCUGUUUCCUAUUGCGGGACAACCAAUGGUGCAUCAUCCUAUUUCAGCUUGUAAAAGAAUUCCUAAUUUAGCACAAAUAUAUCUUGUUGGCUUCUAUGAGGAAAGGGAAUUUGCACUUUAUGUCUCAGCCAUCUCUAAUGAACUCAAAGUUCCUGUUAGAUAUCUGCGAGAAGACAAACCACAUGGUUCAGCUGGUGGGCUGUAUCACUUUAGAAAUCUUAUUAUGGAAGAUAGCCCGUCUCAUAUCUUCCUGCUUAACUGUGAUGUUUGCUGCAGUUUCCCCUUGCCCGAAAUGCUCGAGGCUCACAGGGGAUAUGGUGGAAUUGGAACUCUUCUUGUGAUCAAGGUCUCUCCUGAAUCAGCCAGCCAAUUUGGAGAAUUGGUAGCAGAUCCAGUUACUAAUGAGCUGCUUCAUUACACCGAGAAACCCGAAACUUUUGUCAGUGAUCGUAUUAACUGUGGUGUUUAUGUAUUUACACCUGAAAUUUUUAAUGCCAUAGGAGAUGUUUCUACUCAGAGGAAAGAUAGAGCAACUCUAAAACGUGUUUCCAGCUUCGAAGCUCUUCAACCGGCAACAAGGAUCCCGACAGAUUUUGUAAGACUGGAUCAAGACAUCCUUUCACCUCUAGCUGGGAAGAAACAGCUAUAUACUUAUGAGACUAUGGAUUUCUGGGAGCAAAUCAAAUCUCCUGGAAUGUCGUUGAGGUGUUCGGGACUCUAUCUGUCCCAAUUCCGCUUGACCGCUCCCCAACUGUUGGCUAGUGGUGAUGGAACAAGGAGUGCCAUUGUGAUUGGUGAUGUUUACAUACAUCCUUCUGCAAAAGUACACCCAACUGCAAAGAUUGGUCCCAACGUCUCAAUCUCUGCAAAUGCUCGUGUUGGACCGGGCGUCAGGCUUAUCAGCUGUAUCAUCCUUGACGACGUUGAGGUCAUGGAAAAUGCAGUGGUGACUAACGCAAUUGUUGGGUGGAAGUCUUCUAUCGGGAGAUGGUCCCGUGUCCAGGCUGAGGGAGUUUACAAUUCCAAACUCGGAGUUACAAUUCUCGGAGACUCGGUUGCAGUUGAAGACGAGGUUGUGGUGACCAGCUGUAUUGUUCUUCCAAACAAGACACUGAACGUCAGCGUUCAAGACGAGAUCAUUUUGUAAUUGAAAAAUGGAACCAACCCAGUGGGGCCACACCAUCUCCCACUGAUUCAAUAUCUA